AUGGUUGAAGACGGUGAUAUCAGAGUGUACAAUCCGAGAGAAGAUAGAGGGAAGAGGAUGGUUAGUAUGGUAAGUGAGAGACUCCUUAAAAUAAAAAAGACAAGGGAGUGGGUAAGUGGUAGAGUGAACUGCGUGUGUGUGGUGGAGAACGUGCUCUAUGCUUGUUUUCAAAGGGAUGGGUUGAUGUGGUUUGGCACAGAGCUCAACGUUUGGAGAAAAUUGGUCAGCCGUGACGGGAGGGAGUUUCCGUUCAAAGAUGUGCAUGCAAUGGCAGAAUACGAGGGGAAGCUAGCGGCUUUUAGAUGCCUCAAGGCCCUCAACUAUGACAUGAUGAGUGAUAAUAAUACCAAGGGUGUUAUAAAGAUUUUCUUGUUCGCGUUGGAUAGGGUUAAAGAUAGUGUUUGUGGGACGAUCGAGUGGUUUGGUGUCGUGGCCACAAUCCCAUGUUCCUCUGAUUCUUUGCAUUGUUUCAAUGUUUCCGAUUGA